CUCUGCCUUCGGGCACAGGUGCCUGGCCUGGCCUGGCCUAGCUUCCCACAGGCAGCCCGGUCCAAGGCCGCUUACCUCAGCGACUCUGCCGCUGGCCACUGACCUUGCGCCUAUUGCUGGUUAGCACAGCGGGAGGACUCGGCUGAAGCUGUCCCCCUCGGCCGCCGCAUCUUUUGCUCGUCGAUUUCUCAGCAGCAAAAGCACUCACCUCAACCCAUGGCACACUUGACGAGACCGAUGACAUGACGCCUCUUCGCUGUGUUAACGGCGCCUCUGCAGCGCGAUCGUUCGUGCAAGUAGCCAGUCGUGGCUAUUCGACAGGUACAGCAUACGCUACGGUCCUCCCCGACUUUCUCGUUCCGCGUGGUGCCGCCUUCGUCCGUCGUCGGAUAGACAGAACCCUGCCAAGGGCACCUUGCUCUAGUUCACGGCCAUCUAGGUCUUCACAUAUGUCAUCCCCGACACGGGCUUGCCAGAUAAGAAAUUUUUCUGCAUCUGUUGUCCACAAUGCAACGACCUGUGUUCUCAACCCGCAAAAGGACGAGGAUGGCAAGGACAUGGUUCUUGAGAUCACCCCACGCGCAGCCAAGCGUCUAUCUGAUAUCAUGAAAAAAGACGACAACCCCAACCUUGCGCUGCGUAUCCAAGUUGAGAGCGGUGGUUGCCACGGCUUCCAGUACAUGAUGAGCCUCGUUACGAUACCAGCUCAGGGUGCCGAGGAAUGGUCCUCCGUCGUCAACGAGGACGACAGCAUUUUUCAGUACACACCGGACGAAGCUGAGUCGACGCCGAGCGCCAAUGGUCCUAGGAUAAUACUCGAUGAGCCGUCCCUCGACCUACUAAAGGGAAGCAAGGUCGAUUUCACGAUGGAAUUGAUUGGGUCGCAGUUUAAGAUUGUUGACAAUCCGUACGCGACGAGCAGUUGUGGCUGCGGUACGAGCUUCGACAUCAAGAUGUAGCUUGCGCAAACGGCCCCGACAAACCUCCGCUCACAUGGCAGUCUAUCUAUAUAAUAUUGUACAUAUGUACCAUACCCUUGCAUGUCCGAGACUGUCAACGGCGAUUAGAACUGUACGAUGCAUGAGAGAGACUUGCAUACUCUUCACAGAAUAUAGGCAAACAAGCAUUAUCAACGGGCCGUCACACGAUGGAAGCUCUUGUCAUUCAGAG